AUGACAGGAUAACCAAAAGCAAAACUUGAUGGUCAUAAUGGUUUUGUACUAUCAGUCUGCUUUUCUCCUGAUUGUACUACGUUAGCAACUUGUAGUAGCGAUAACUCCAUACGUUUAUGGGAUGUUAUAUCAGGAUUAUAAAAAGCAAAAUUCAAUCAUCAUAAUAAUUGGGUCUUAUCUCUAUGCAUCUCUCCUGAUGGUACUACAUUAGCAUCUGGUAGUGGAAAUAAGUCUAUCUGUUUAUGGGAUGUUAAGACAGGAUUAUAAAAAUUUAGUUUAUAAGGUCAUGAUAGUUUUGUACUCACGAUAUGCUUCUCCCCUGAAGGUACUACAUUAGCAUCUGGUAAUGAUGAUAAUUCAGUCAAUUUGUGGAACUGUAAGACAGGAGAACAUAAAUUCAAACUAAAACAUCAUAGUAAUUGGGUACUUUCAGUAUGCUUCUCUCCUGAUGGUACAUCUUUAGCAUCCAGUAGUUAAGAUAAGUCUAUCUGUUUAUGGGAUGUUAAGACAGGAUAAUUAAAUGCUCAAUUUGAUGGUCAUAGCGAAGAAAUCAACUCGGUUCGCUUCUCUCCUGAUGGUACAACAUUAGUAUCUGGUAGUAGAGAUAAUUCAGUUCUUUUAUGGAAUCUUCACACAGGUAAAGAAAUUAAACCCUCGUAUAAAAAUUAUUAUCACAUUUUAAGAUAAGUUUAACUAAAAAAUACUUUAUUUUUCACCGAUCCUCAUUUAAGCAUUCAUUUUUAUUUAUUGUUUAGACCAAAAUAAUAUUCUCUUUAAAUCCCAAUCCCUCAUUACCUAAUCAAAAGGUGCUUUAAUAUUAAAAGGAGAAUUUGUGACUAUUUUUGGCAAAGAUUUAAGAGCAUUUUUUGA